CUGCCACAGCUGCGGCCAGACAACGCUAUUCUCAUAACACUUUCCGCCGUCGGCGCUAUGGGAGAAGCUACAACGUACACUCUGCCGGAAACCGUCCGUUCGAUCGUGUUUAAAGAAUCCGAGAGGUUGGAUGGCGCCUACCCCAAAAUCGAGGGCUACGAUUUCAACAAGGGCGUCAAUUACGACGAGCUUUUCAAGUCCUUCGUUCGAACUGGAUUUCAGGCCUCCAACCUUGGCGAUGCGUUUCAGAUAGUUAAUGAAAUGCUAGAUUGGAGGCUCUCGGAUGAGACCCCUGCAGAAGAUUGCAGUGAAGAGGAGAGAGAUGCGGCUUAUCGAAAGUCUGUGAAGUGUAAAGUGUUUCUUGGCUUUACUUCUAAUCUCAUCUCCUCUGGUGUUCGUGAGCAUAUCUGUUAUCUUGUUGAGCAUCGCAUGGUUGAUGUAGUGGUAACAACGGCUGGUGGUGUAGAGGAGGACCUUGUGAAGUGUCUUGCACCUACCUACAGAGGUGAUUUUUCUCUGCCUGGUGGUGUUCUUAGGUCGAAAGGUCUGAACCGCAUUGGUAACUUGUUGGUUCCUAAUGACAAUUACUGUAAGUUUGAGGAUUGGAUAAUCCCAAUUUUUGAUCAGAUGUUAGAGGAGCAAAAGUCACAGAAUUUACUAUGGACACCAUCUAAAGUAAUUGCUCGCCUGGGGAAAGAAAUCAAUAAUAAGAGUUCAUACCUGUACUGGGCAUUCAAGGUGCAUUGUGAUGCAACCAUUGCAUUCCCUUUGCUGGUUGCACAAACAUUUGCUGUGAAGAUAGAGAAAAAUACGUGGACGAGUUCUUGA